AUGAUACGGUCGGCGAUGUGUAUUGACAUGCCGGCAGUACGCUUGGCAGUGGCGUUUGUGACAAUGACAAUUGCACUUGCGCCACAGUCCACACUGGCCACAUACACAGCGCCGCACUCGUUUGUUUUAUCCGAGGGCGUCGAGACCCUCGGUCAGUUCGGCUUCCUCGCCAACGGUCACUUUGACCUCAGCUACUCUAUCAUUGAUGGUAACUAUGUAGCCAAUACAUCUAAAUUGCUGAUAUGUACGAAUCAGGAGUACAACAAUAUAGCAUCGAAUACUUAUUGCAAGGAAUGGACUCGCUCGAUGAAGUGUGCCAUCAAUUAUACAUUGGAGAGCUCCAGUGGCUAUAUAUCUAAUACGAUCGCACGUCGAUCAUUCUAUACGUUUCUCAUUGCUCAGUGCACAGGACAGGCGUUGACAUAUCGAGUCUCAUACGCCUUCUAUCAAGCCGAUGGCAACCAGCUUAGUUACGAGAGUAUACCUCUGCCAGUGACCUAUGUAGUAUUCACCAGCUUCUGGGUCGUUCUAUGUCUGGCUUGGGGAAUCAACUGGAUAUUGUUUAGAAAGCAAAGGAUCAAGUUACAUAGGGUCAUCACUACGUACCCGAUAACAAAGUUGGCGGUGGUCUCAUUCUUUUGUGGCUAUUGGUAUUACCUGCGGUCACACGGUGCCGUUGGACUGGCAACGACCAUCUUCUACUGGAUAUUCUAUGCUGUGAACAAGACGAUAUCAUGUGUGCUCCUACUUGUCAUAUCCACUGGCUGGGGCAUAUGCGCCUGCAAGUUUGAGCAUCUCAAGCGAUCAUUGUAUAUAGUUGUCGGACUGCUGGCAGUAACGAUCUGUUUGGGCGCACUCUUUGGUGGAUUUUUCAACUAUCUCCAAUUCAUCGUAUAUAUACCAAUCCUGGGCAUUAUAUUUAUAAAGACCGACAACAAUAUACUUUCGAUCAAAACCAGCAUCCAGGAACUGGAACAAUCAACAUCUUCGUCAAGCUUACUAGUGAUGGCCGCUGGUGAUGGAAGUACAUCACCGGUAUCAUCACCGGCAUCACCUCAGUCCCCUCCAUCACAACCUGAACAGCAACAACAGCAACAGAGGACAGGACAUGAAACAAACAACUUUGAGAGGUUGAGUGUAAAUGGAGAUAGUGAUGAUAAUGAUAAUGAUAAUGACAAAGAUAAUGAAGAUAAUCAAAUAGAAAGGGACAGGGCCAAGCAACAAGAACAACAACAACCACAGGAGCAGCAUACUAGCGACUCAUCAUCACGAAUAUCCAAUCUGAGGGAUGAAGACAAGGCCUUGCGACUCUCACAAUACAACCAAAAGAUAGCGAUGUUCUUUGCUUUCAAAUGGAUUAUGCUUACAUAUUUAUCAUUGUUUAUUAUUAUCGACUUCCUCAAAGCAGCCUAUCCAAUAAUCUGGGUCUGGGACUUCCUUGGACUGACAAUCGACGUAUUCCUAUUCGUUUGUAUUGGUUUUACAUUUAGGCUUAGGGCAGCCAGACUAUAUUAUGAAUUCAAGGAUGAAGAAUGA